CUCACACUUGUCACUCGUGUCCUACUAUUGCAACUAUGAAGGUCCAGGUGUGUACAGCCUUGGUGGUGGUGCUGGCGGCGGCGCUGGUCGUGGAAGCCAACCCAGGCACCCUUGCCAUGAAAUUCUGGCUGAACUUCCUCCGUCAAGUCACCUCUGAAGUGUGCGGGGAGGACAUGUGCUUCCCUGAGGGUCGGGAGUGCUUCAAGCUGAUGAAGCCCCUGAACAUCACGGAGGGAACGCUUGAGAGUGUCAGAACCAACCUGACUGAGUGUGCCGGCGACGUGGACUUCAGCGCGCUCGAAAUGGAGGACCUCACACCGAAGAAGGACAUACCCCAGCAUUUUCUCAAUUUUAUGGAAAAGUUCAAAGUGGGUGACACAACCAAGCAGCACGCCCUCCUCCAAUGUUUCAUGGAACGCGGCGGACAACUCCCAACCCUGCUGUCCUGUCUGCGAGAAAUUCAAACUGACGCAGCGACUGGGACUGCAUAAACAUCCCAUUCAUGUGAAAGAUGCAAGACUGAAGGCAACAACAACAAGGAUUACAAACUGAUAUCCACACUCUCUCUCUCUCUCAUUUCUUAUCUACUCAUCAGUGUAUCGUUAUCUAUCCAACAACUACCUGUCUUAUUAAAUACCCAACUGGCUGUACCUUCACGAUUCCCUCCUCGCUCUCGCACCCUUCCCUCCAGUCCUUCCAACAAUAUGUAACUAAUAAGGUAUCAAGGUACCUUAUUAGUUAAACUACAGAGAAUUUACAAUAUAAUGAAUGAAAAGCUGUGCAGAUUAAAGAAGAGGAAAGAUAAAGAGAACACCAACGAAGAUGAAAAGAAAAAUAACAAAGAACAACAACAAUAACAAUCAUCACAAAACUGGAGAAAAAGAAAAUGAUAACAUUUCGCCAUCAACUUAAUACCUAUUUCCAAACUUUUCACGUCUUUUACUUGUAAGUUUUUUUUUUCAGCAAAUAAAACUGGAUCUUUUAAAAA